AUUAUAUAUAUAAUAUAAUAUAAUAUAAUAUAUAAUGCUCUUUCCCAAUCAACUUUGUAUUUCCAGUAUCAUUCUGAUUCUCUCAAAUUCCAGACUUUUAUACACAUACAUAAUAUAGAUAUUAUUGUACAGAUUGUAUAGGGUAGAAAUGGCGCCUUCACUCUCUCUUUCUUCCUCCAUGGAUGCCAUUUCGAGCUCCAAUUUCGUCCCCAGGUUUCCGGAGACCCAUUCGCCCUUCCAAUCUCCCAGAACACUUGCUUUUUGUAAUAGCGGCAAUCUGAAGUCAAGUUUAAGUGUGUCCUGCUCCAUCGCCAACUCCUCCGCCUCUAGAAUUCCGGCGCUUGCUCGCCAAGGCCUUUCCGCCGCCGGCGGGAGCGGCAGCGACGACGAUAAAGAAGGGGAAGAGAAAAAUCAUCAACUCGAGUCCGAAAGUUUGGAUUCUGAAGGAGCGCUUUCUUUUCCACAGUAUUUUAGUGGAAAUGUCAAAUGGCUACUUCAGCUUUGUUGUGAUGGACUCUCUCGUAUUCUGAAGGGUAAUCCUGAUGGGAAACAAACAAGUGAAUUAAAUUUAAAUGAAAUGCCUAAAGUGGUAUUGCCUCCUCAAGUCUCACUCGGAAACACAGCAGGGGGAGGUACGAGAGCCGGGCUUUUCAGAGCUCCAAUAUCAGGCGGCGUGCAAAGUGCAACCUCGGCUCAUGGUCUACACAAACCUGCAUUAGCAGUUCGCAAUCUUAUGGAGCAGGCCAGGUUUGCUCAUUUGUGCACAGUGAUGUCCAAAAUGCAUCAUCGACGAGAAGGUUAUCCAUUUGGUUCACUUGUAGACUUUGCUACCGACCCUAUGGGACACCCAAUAUUUUUAUUAUCACCAUUAGCUAUACACACCCGAAAUUUGAUAGGCGAACCAAGGUGUACAUUGGUUGUGCAGGUUCCUGGAUGGACUGGCUUGUCAAAUGCUAGAGUAACGAUAUUCGGCGACAUCUAUCCUCUUCCCGAAGAUCAACAGGAGUGGGCUCAUAAGCAGUACACAGCAAAGCAUCAACAAGGUUCUUCACAACAGUGGGCAAACUUUUAUUACUUCAGGAUGGAAAGUAUAAGUGAUAUAUACUUCAUUGGAGGUUUUGGAACUGUUGCUUGGGUUGAUGUCAAGGAAUACGAGGCCCUUGAGCCCGACAAAAUUGCUGUUCAUGGGGGUGAACAAUACCUCAAGGAAUUGAACGCUGUGUUUUCAAAGCCACUUAAAGAGCUUUUGUCCCGAGAAGCUGAGGUGGAUGAUGUGGCUCUGAUAUCGAUAGACAGUAAGGGGACCGACAUCCGUGUCCGCCAAGGAGCACAGUUCAACAUUCAGAGGAUGUCAUUCGAAGCAGACCAUUCGGUCGAAACGCUUGAAGAAGCCAAAGAAGCGCUGUGGAAAUUGAUGGAUAAAGGCAAGUUUAUCAUUUGCGGAAAUGAAAAUCUGCAGGGGAGCUUGUGACAUUAGAAAUUAUCAAGUAAUUGUUAUAUAUCCAAUAUGGGAUAAUAUAAGAACUAACAAGAAUCAGGCCAUUAAACUUUGAUGGUAAUAAAUCUGUUUUAUUAGUAACAAAACAUUCCAAAUAAUAGUUUCAAGAGCAAGAAAGGGAUGUAUAGUGAGUUUUGUACAAUUCUUUCUUGUACAUCCUAUGGGAAUGUAACUCAACUUUAUAAAUCCUGUUAUACAAAGUCGAUCAUCGGCUUAUGUUGUUAGACUAUAGAAUCUUAAAUCCGUGAAUACAGUUCAUGAAACAUUGUUUUUCA